AUGGGCAGGGUUUAUUUACCGGGCACACUCUUAGGGACGGGGCCGGAAUUCUGGACACACCCCUGGGCGGGGCCGCCCCGCCGGGGAAACGAAACUGAAACGUGCCGGGGUGUUUGUCACCCCGCACCGGAGACCCUGCACCCCGGCGGGGUCGGGUCAGAGCCGGCCAGAUCUCCCGCGCCGCUGGACACGCAGGGACCGACCCGCCGGGCACCCAGCAUGGCCAUCAAGACACUCUGGCUGCCUCUGGCCUGGCUGGUGGCCACAGCCACGGUCACUGUCACCCCGGUGCUCGCUCUGGAGGCCCCUUCCAGCUGGACGCCACUGUUUGGGGAGCCCCCAACACCUCCUGUGCCCCCUGCUCGCACCCCCGCUCCCUCGCAGGACGUGGGGACCCCCAGCGCUCACCCCGAGGGGCUGCCGGGCUGGGAUGCCCCCAGCCCCACAGCGACAGAGGGGGCACUGGAGGAGCUGGACCCCAUUGGCACCACGGCAGUGCCCCCGCCCGGCACCAGCGCCCCGCCGUGCCCUGGGGACGAGGAGCCGCCCGACGCCUGCGGGGAGCCCACGGGGGAGCAGCGGGCUGCCGUGGCCGAGGCUCUGGGCACCUUCGCCCUCCGCUUCUACCAGCGCAUGGCAGAGGAGGCCGGGCCCGACGCCAACCUGCUCUUCUCCCCCAUCACCGUCGCCACGGGGCUCUCGCACCUGCUGCUGGGCGCCCGCGGAGAAACCCAGGAGCGUCUGGCCGCCCUGCUGGCGUACCCGCCGGGGCUGCACUGCGUGCACGGCGCCCUGCAGCAGCUGGCCAGCACGCCAGGCCUCUUCUCGGCCGCCCAGAUCUUCCCAACCCAGGUGAGGCGGGCACCGGAGCUGCAGCUCCGGCCCCGCUUCCUCAACGACUCCCUGCGCUUCUACGGCGCCCGCCCGCACGCCCUGAGCGGCAACGAGAGCCUGGACCUGCAGCGCAUCAACGCCUGGGUGCGGGAGGCCAGCAAGGGGCUGCUGCCCUCGCUGCUCUCCGCGCUGCCCCCCGAGCCCAGCCUGCUGCUGCUCAGCGCCGUCCAUCUGCGCGCCGCCUGGCGCACGCCGCUGGACCGCAAGAAGACGGUGCUGCUGCCCUUCCUGCGGCCCGGGCAGGCCCCCCGCAAGGUGCCCACCAUGACCAGCGCCAAGUACCCCGUGGCCUCCUUCAGCGACUCCCGCCUGCGGGCACAGGUGGGGCGGCUGGAGCUGCACGGGGGGCUGAGCCUCGUGGUGCUGAUGCCGCGGGAGCCGCUGGAGCCCCUGGAGAGCCUGGAGCGGGCUCUGGACCCCGCCACCUUCCUGGCGCUGCUGCGGCGGGCGGCCCGCACCCCGCCCCGGGCCACCGCGCUGUCCCUGCCCCGCCUGCGCCUCGACCUCGCCCUGGACGUGGUGCCUCUGCUCCACGACAUGGAUUUCGGGCUGUUCCUGGACGCGGAGCUGUGCGGGCUGGCGCGGGGCCCGGCCGCGGUGGACACGGCCCGGCACCGGGCGGUGCUGGCGCUGGACGAGGCCGGCGUGGAGGCGGCGGCGGCCAUGGCCACCUCGGUGGCGCGCUCGGCCCUGGUGCUGGAGGCCCUGCGCCCCUUCCUCUUCGUCCUGUGGCACAACAGCGGCGACUUCCCCGUCUUCAUGGGCCGUCUCAGCGACCCGCAGCCCUGACUCUGCUCCUCCUGUGCCUGUCCUCCCUCCUCCCACCCCCCCUCCAUCCUUCCCUCCCGCCCCCUCCUCCCUCCAUCCCUGCCUCCUCCUCUCCCUGCUUCCCUCCUUCCCUCUCUCCUUUACCCCUCUCGUCCCAUCCUUC